GACGUGGCAAUCAUAAACAAAGAUGGCGUUCUUUUCCGGUGUUUUAGUCGGACUUGUUGGAGUAUUUGCAGCUUCACAAUGAUUAUUACCCGAGUUUAUCAUUCGUAGUUCGUCUCACAUCAAUAUUUCUUCUGUGUUGAUAGUGCCAUUUAAAGAUUGCGGCCGUGAAAUGGCGGGAUGGGCGGGUUUUUCUGACGAGGAGCUGCGAAAGUUGCAGCAGACAGGGGACCAGGCGGUGCCGGUGGCCGCGGGUCGUGGUCGGAAAGCAGCGCCAGGCAGCCGGAGCCGGCAGCAGCUGCAGCGGGACAGAGCCCUGCAGAGGGCCGGGAUCGCUGCGCCCACACUCCCGCCGGAGCAGCAGCUCAGCAGGCCGCCGCCGAAGGAUGACCCCCCGCCCGCAGCGCCGGCAGGAGCUCCCGCUGCCCAACCACAGGAGGUUAAGGCCAAGGAGGGGAGCCCGGCUGCAAACCCUGAACCAGACAUCGUGGAGGGCCUGCCGCCCGCCGUGAAAGAGCUGGACAAACAAGAGGUGGAACUACGGGAAAAGACGCGCCUGGAACUGCUCCAACAAGAGCAAAAAGUGAUCGAAGAGAGGAAUAAGCGCAAAAAAGCUCUUCUCACAAAAACUAUUGCUGAAAAGUCCAGACAGACUCAGGCAGAGGCAGUGAAGCUAAAGAGAAUCCAAAAGGAGCUCCAAGCGCUUGACGACAUGGUGUCCAAUGACAUUGGCAUCCUGAGAGGCAGGAUAGAGCAAGCCAGCUGGGACUACUCUGCUGCCAGGAAGCGCUAUGAGAAGGCGGAGGCUGAGUACGUGACAGCCAAGCUGGACCUUCACAGGAAGACAGAGGUGAAGGAGCAGCUGACAGAGCACCUCUGUGCCAUCAUCCAGCAGAAUGAGCUGCGCAAGGCCCAAAAGCUGGAAGAACUGAUGCAGCAACUGCAACUGCAGGCCUCCGAGGAGGAGCUGGAGAAGGAGCGGCGGAAAGAAGAAGAGGAGGAGGAACAAAGGAGGAGCUGUGCUGAGAACCCUGGAGUUGGCAAAGAGGGAAACAAGGCGCAGGAGAAUCAGGAGGGAGCAGUGCAAUCUACACUAGAGCAAGGGUCCACCGAGGAAGAGACUGUGAAGCAGGGGCCAGGUGGCACCGUCCGCCAAGGCUGCCCCCCGGUCACUGAACCAACAAAGACUGACCAAGACUGUAAAAUACAUGAAAACGGUCUACCAAGUGCAGCUCUGGCGUCUGCCUCUUGAUGCUGGGGGAGGAAGAGUAGUGAGAUAGAGAUGUCUAGCAUAUCUUACCUGUUGGAGAAGUUCUGUGGCAAGAGGCACCUUGACACUAUCAUUUAUUCUCAACUAGGGGAUUCUUACAAUACACUAAAUUUCCACUAAUGGUACUGGACGGGUUACAUGUGUUUGUUCUGCUGUGGGCCUGUGUACCGUAUGCCUCUACCUGGAGGACGGGAGUAUCACAUUCAGCCCUACAUGGUUCUGCGCUGCCCAUUGCAGAGCAAAUGAAAAUUGCAUUUUGUUACCAUUUGCCCUGGUUGUUUGCUCUUCAUGUGGGCGCUGCUAAAAAAUGUUCUCCUCUGAGCUCUUCUUCAAAACAUGUGGUUUUACAUCAUAUGUGAAUUAUCUCUUCCCAAGCAAAGGUUGAAUUCAAAAGCUGACUGUUUUUGAUUGCUGUGUCCCUGUGGCAGGAAUGAAAGAUGGUUAGUGUUUACUCCCUGGAAAAUCUCUGGUGUUGAGCAGAUGGAGGGAAGGAUUAAUCCAUUUAUGUUAUGAACAUAAACCCAUGUAUUAUAUGUUGUAGAUCAACAUAUUAGCUUGCAGCGGGGGUAGUAUUUCACAAAGCUAAUUUUCCUCUGUCAGUGCCGUUGAAGAGCAGCAUGUGCAGUGGGCCUCCUAAAUGGUAAGGUGAUAUCGCUUAAUGUAUGUAUGAAUGCAUGUAGGCCCUCAGUUGAGAAAAUUCCACUGCAUGUAUUUCUGCACCGUUACAGCCUUUGAGGAGUUUAUUUUCUCUUGCUGCACAUUGAACAAUGUGUCUAAAAUAAUAUAUGACAUUAAUCUAGUGUGAAUGGUGAGCUUUAUAUUGUAUGUGGAGUGACCUGUUAAGUCUGGUUUGUUAACCUCUCUUAACUGUAUAACGGUGAAUGAUUUUGAAACAAAUGUUGGAAGUGGGUUUAUUUAAAGGGGUAAACAUUUACAAAGUUUAUUUUAUACUGUACUGUCUAAUAGCAUUUUACAAAAGUAAAAUUAAACAAGAGCAUGUUGUAUUUU